CAGAUGCGACGCGUGCAGGUGGCAGUGGCCGUCAACAUCGUGCGAGAAACUCCCUCACAUCUCACCCCGCGACGCUACGCUACAAACCUUCUCUCCGUCCUCGCCAGGGCAGAGAAUGCGUCACGAGCCGCCCAAACUUCCGCAGAGGCCUCCCACGCGCCUGCCCGGGCUGCUUGUUCGGAGGCGCCUGCACUAUUGGCUCCAUCAUCUCUCCUGGCAACAACGUCAGCGACAACAGCCUCGCGAGAUGGCAACUCAAGCGCAGCUGUUGUGCAAGCUCUCUGCACGACUCAGCAUUCUGGAGACGUCGAUGCAAGCUCUAGGGCUGCUGAAAAGAGGACCGGUGAGGCUCAGCAGUCGAUGAGAGGGGCUGGGCAUCCUUCGGAGAGGCAUCCUUUGCAGACAUCAGUAGGGGCUGCAUAUCCUGUGGGUAUGAUGAGGGAGUCUCAGCAUCCUAACAAGAGGGUAACAACAGUUUCAUAUCAACUACAUACAGUCGCAGCAACUAGGAAUAUUGCAGCUCAAUGUCCCAGGAAGGUGGUAGCAGGAUUCCAGCAUCCCACAAAGGCGUUAACAGCAGUCCAAUGUACUGUGCAGACGGCUAGAGGAAGUGGGCAUCGUAGGGGGGCGGUAAGUGCAGCGCGACAUAUAGUAGAGCCAGGGGGUUUAGUUCAGCAUUCAAGGAAAAUGACAACAUCAGCUCAAACUGUUUGCAAACAGUUAGGAUUACCCAGCGGCAAAGGCAGGUGGCAGGAGCAACUCGGGUUCCUACGUGGAUUGGAACAGCUGCUCAACAGCCUAUUCAGGGCACGAGAGCAAGUGAAUGUCUUGGAGAGGUAUCAGGAGCAGCUCGGCAUCUUGGAUCCGUACAUUCUCCACAGGCUUUACAUCAACAAAGACUCCUGGAUGGACUUGGGGCCGUGAGUCCUCAGGAGCAACCCAGAAAGGGAGAUAAAUCCAGCGAGUUGCUGCAUCCCAGUAGGCAAGAAAACUGGACUUUCAGUUCCAAUCAGUCACUGACGGCAGAGAUAAAACGAGAAAUGGAGCACUUUAGGGCUGGCAUGCCAGUAGACUGGCUCAAGUGUCGCGAGAUCGUUCAGAUCUUAGGCGAUCGGGUGGCCGCGGCGGACAGGGCGGACAGGGGCCUGGAGGAGACUUGUUUGAGCGUCACAACCAAGUUUGUUGCCAUGCUCCUUAGGGCAAAUAGAGAAGGGGUCUCCGCUACUUUACGAUCGGCGGCGGC